GUCAGCGUGGGCCAGGGAGCCACCAGGCACAUGCAGAAAUCCCUUCCCAGCUCUGAUCCAGGUGUCCGCCAUGCCCACCUUUUCCCCUGAAUUCAACCUAGAUGACUUUGAGUAUGAUGAGUCAGCCGAAGCCUGCCAUGUGGGGGACAUCGUGGCCUUUGGGUCUAUCUUCCUCUCCAUCAUCUACUCCGUGGUCUUUGCCUUUGGCCUGGUGGGAAAUUUGUUGGUGGUGUUUGCCCUAACCAACAGCCAGAAGACCAAGAGUAUCACAGAUAUUUACCUCCUGAAUCUGGCCUUCUCUGAUCUGCUCUUCGUUGCCACCUUGCCCUUCUGGACUCACUAUCUGGUCAGUGAACAAGGUUUCCACAAUGCCGUGUGCAAACUCACCACGGCCUUCUUCUUCAUUGGCUUUUUCGGUGGCAUCUUCUUCAUCACCAUCAUCAGCAUCGAUAGAUACCUGGCCAUCGUCCUGGCUGCCAACUCCAUGAACAACAGGACUGUGCAACAUGGCGUGACCAUUAGCCUGGGUGUCUGGGCUGCUGCCAUCUUGGUGGCAGCACCCCAGUUCAUGUUCACAAAGCAACAUGGAGGCGAAUGCUUAGGCCACUACCCAGAAGUCCUGGAGGAGAUCUGGCCUGUGCUCCGCCAUGUGGAAAUCAACUUUCUUGGCUUCCUGCUCCCUCUGCUCAUUAUGAGUUACUGUUACUUCAGGAUCAUUCGAACACUGUGUUCUUGCAAGAAUCACAAGAAAGCCAAGGCCAUCAAGUUGAUCCUGCUGGUGGUCGCCAUAUUUUUCCUCUUCUGGACACCUUAUAAUGUUACAAUUUUCUUAGAAACUCUCACCCUCUAUGACUUCUUUCCUAGCUGUGAUGUCAAGAGGGACCUGAGGUUAGCCCUCAGUCUGACUGAGAUGAUCGCCUUUGUGCACUGCUGCCUCAAUCCUCUGAUCUACGCAUUUGCUGGGGAGAAGUUUAGGCGCUACCUUUCCCACCUGUACAGAAAAUGCAUGACUGUCCUGUGUGGUCGUUCUGUCCCUGCCAGUUUCUCCCUGCCAGAAUCACAUAGGAACAGGACAGAAAGCAUCCUGAACAGCAGUUUCACUCACUACACCAGUGAUGGAGAAGCCUCAAUUCUUGUCUGAACCAAACACCCAGCGCUGAAGAGUGGAAGUUAGAUAGUUGAUUCCCACUUGCAAAAAAAUGAUGGGCUCAGCCCCCCC